UAGUUCGUCAGUCAGUGUGGCAGCCAGUUAGUCGUGCUCCGCUAGUCGAUGUCGACGGUUCGCUGUUUUCUGUGUUGCUCGCCGCCCGUUCCCGCCUCUCCCGCCGCGUAUCGAAGUCUCGAAUACCGAGUCUCGAAAACAAGUCCAAUCCGAUCUACGGCCGCGUUUCCAAGGACUCCCUUUUAAACACUAAUUCGAGCACGGCAUGCCAGGCCCAAUAGGUCGAGUAGUAGCAGUGGGCGCGGGUCUGCAACAAUUAGAGCAAUAAUUGUUGAGCGCCAGCCUAUACGGUCUACUUAGAAACCGAACUACCGGACUAUCGCCCGGUAAUCACCUAUAGUUUACUCGCUGACUUUUUGGUAGGCCUGCCCAUCAGUGCAGCAUAAAAAAAGUUCGAAAACCCGCUUGGCACCGCAUCAAAUGCACUAAGUCCCGAGCACUAAAAUUAACCAGACCAGAAGCAGACCGCCAUUCCUCGAAACCAAGACUUGAACCACCUCCACCAAUUGUACAAUCAACAAUCCACAAGGAACACGAACUACAAACCAAACGGAUAGCAGGACUCCGCAGUCGGCGACAAACACCAACCACUACUCAACAACACAAUGGCCUUAAUUAUGAAAUACAUCGACAGCAUAAGCAGAUACAUGGACUCACAUAGUGACUCGAGGACAAAGGGCUGGCCCAUGAUGUCGUCCCCAUUCCCCACACUGGCCGUUUGCCUCACAUAUGUCUAUCUGGUCAAGGUGCUGGGACCCCGAUUAAUGGAGAACCGAAAGCCUCUGAAUCUGCAAAACACUCUAGUCAUGUACAAUGCCAUACAGGUUGUAUUUAGCGCAUGGCUGUUUUAUGAGUGCUUGAUGGGCGGCUGGUGGGGCUCGUACAGCUUCCGGUGCCAGCCGGUGGACUACACAGAUAGUCCCACAUCCCGGAGAAUAGGCAUUUCCGGUUGGCUAACUGGACAUUAUAGCUUCCGAUGUCAGCCAGUCGACUAUAGUAAUAAUCCUAGAACGUUAAGGAUGGUUCAUGCCUGCUGGUGGUACUACUUCUCGAAGUUCACAGAGUUCAUGGAUACGAUUUUCUUCGUGUUGCGCAAGAAGUCGAGCCAAGUUACCACACUGCACGUCAUCCAUCACGGCUGCAUGCCCAUGUCGGUCUGGUUCGGCGUCAAGUUCACACCGGGUGGUCACAGCACCUUCUUCGGCCUGCUCAACACCUUCGUCCACAUCGUGAUGUACACCUACUACAUGUUCUCCGCCAUGGGUCCGCAGUACCAGAAGUACCUCUGGUGGAAGAAGUACCUGACCACUCUGCAGAUGGUCCAGUUCAUCUUGAUCAUGGUGCACGCCUUCCAGCUGCUCUUCAUCGACUGCAACUACCCGAAGGCGUUCGUCUGGUGGAUCGGCAUGCAUGCGGUCAUGUUCUUCUUCCUGUUCAACGAGUUCUACAAGGCAGCCUACAGGAGCCGCAUGAUGAAAAAGAACGGAGCCCUGGCCAACGGACACGCCAAGCCCAAUGGCUACUGCAAGAGCAUCAACGCCCAUGACGAUCUGGCCAUGCCGCAGACCACGGAGGCGACAGCGACAGCGACGCCCGCUUCCAAGGCCAACGGGAGCAGCACCCCGCUGAGCAAUGGACAUGCCAAUGGGGUGGAGAACGUCUACAAGCAGGUGGCCAACGGCAGCGCGCACAAGGGGGCCAACGGAGGACUGAGCAACGGGUAUGCCACCAAGCUGCUGGACGACGCCUCCCACGAGCUGAAACAGCGGAAGACGCCGAAAUAAUAUCGGGGCAAGGAGGGGCGGCGCCAGCACAGAGCUUAGGACACGGCGAGGGCCAGUAGCGCCAGGAGCUUCCUGGAGAGGAGCGGAGCUCCCAGAGUCAUUUCCAUAGGCACACACACACACUUCAUUUAACUCACAACUACUACUCCACAUCGCAGACCAUCCACUUUCGAAAUUCCAAGCCGGGUCCCACGUCCUUGGGCAGCCGGGGAAAUAUGCUAAGUAAGCGCGGGAACACACUGUUAAUCCCGACUACUGUCGAGGGCAUUGCGAGGCGGCUUCCCCCACAGACCCAAAUCCAUACACCUGAACAUAGAAAUAUGCGAAUGGUCGCUAGCAUACCACCACCCCAUGGGUGCACCACACCCAUUGAGGCGUAUGCAAAUGUAUAGGCAUUGCGAAUGCAUAUGCACCCAUUCUCUAGCCUACUUUUUAAAUACGUUUUGUUGCUUCUUUUUCUUUUUUAGUUGUACAAAGCUUACUUAUCAUAAGUAUCCCAGCGGAUUGUAUAAUACAAGAACAAAUGUCGCAAACCAAGAUUUCAACUAAUCGAAAACGCUAACGGAAGCCCAGCAAAAUCAAUUUAAAACUAAAACUAAUGCCAACGCACUUGGAUUGUAUGUUUGUGUGUGAGCAGAGCAUUCAACUAUUUAAGCCUAGAAUUUAAUUUAUAUAUGUGUAUAUAUGCAUACAUAUAUAUUAUCGAAGUAUAUGAAAUCAGCAGCAGCAGCCUACGGCAAGUUUUGUAAAUGUAUAGAGCAAAAGCAAGUGUAAUUUAAAAUUAGGCACAAUAAUUGUUAAAAAUAAAAGUCAUUCAAAAAUA